AUGGUAGCUUGGGCAGCUUUAGGCGCAAUGGGAACAAAAGCAUUAGCAUUUGGAGCAAAAGCACUUGGAGCUUAUGACGCAGUAAAUAAAAUGAGUGGAGGAAGGGUUUCAAAGACAUUAGAUGCAAAUAAAGGAAAGAUUGGAGGCUGGGUUGCAAAGAAGUUAAGAUUAAAUAAAAUAGGGCUCAUAAAUAAAGCAUCCAAUUUGGUUGCGACUGAGUCAGAAAAUGCUUUAGGAAAGGACGAUGAGUUUGCAAAACACGCAAAAGACUUUAAUGACCAGA